AUGGAUCCGAAGGAGCUUCCGUCCAACAUAAGAGAGGACAAGAUAAGUGAAGAAACCAAGAAGUUGAUCUCUUCGCUUCCUUCACACAUAGAUUACCAAGGGCAUAAGCUGUGUAAAUAUCAAGGAUGCUGGUAUUACUACAACACCCUCCAAGGUGUUCUCAAUUUCCAGAGAGGUUUUCAACCGCAUGACACUGAUAUAAUUAUUGCUUCGUACCCCAAAUCAGGCACUACUUGGCUCAAGGCCCUUACAGUCGCUCUCCUUGAGAGAUCAAAGAACCAUUCUUCUGAUGAUGCUGAUCAUCCUCUUCUAUAUGAUAAUCCUCAUGGCAUUAUACCAUUCUUGGAGAUUGAUAUGUACCACGAAAGCUCAAGUCCUAACCUAGCCAAGUUCUCAGCAACUCCGAGGCUGUUCUCGACUCACAUGCCACUGCACACGAUGCACAAAACCCUUAAGCACUCGCCCUGCAAGAUUGUGUACGUAUGUAGAGACGUGAAGGACACGUUGAUUUCGUGUUGGUUUUAUAGCACUGCUAUUUAUAAAAUUGAACCAACCAGAAGCGUUCUCGAGUCUAUGUUUAAAGAUCUCUGCGAUGGAACUAACUAUUUUGGACCUUUUUGGGAACAUCUCUUGAGUUACUGGAGAGGAAGCUUGGAAGACCCCAAUCGUGUCCUUUUCAUGAGGUAUGAGGAAAUGAAAGCCGAGCCUCGUGAUCAAAUCAAGAGACUUGCGGACUUCUUAGGCUGUCCUUUUACUAAGCAAGAAGAAGAGAGUGGAUCUGUGGACGAGAUCUUGGACCUUUGCUCUCUGCGUAAUCUGAGCAGUUUGGAGGUUAACAAAACAGGGAAAAUAAACAAUGUGGAUCACAAGAUUUUUUUCCGUAAAGGGGACGUCGGUGACUCGAAAUUCUUUCUUACGCGUGAAAUGGAGAACAAGAUAGACAUGGUCAUCCAAGAAAAAUUGCAAGGUUCUGGUUUGAAAUUUUAG